CCCAGAGCCGACUCAGUCGCGUAUCGUAGAAUUGUGUUUCGUUUCAGACCCUAGUUCUUCCCUGAAGCGAGUCGCAAAACCAACAGGCAACCCGGGCAGCUUUUUGGUCGUGGAACCCUUUCUGUGCUUUGAAUUAGGGUUCAAAUCCCACCAUAAUCGCACCGUAUUUGGAAUUUUUGUUUUGGCGUUUUCUUCGUAAUUUUAUCUUGAUAAUCUGUUAUUAUAUUUGCUAAGAUGUGUUUCUGUUUGUUUGAUAGGUGCCUGUCUGUUUGGAUUGGAAAACCUAGGGUAAAGCUUUGUUCGUAUAAUCUAAUUUAUUGAAAAGAUGGACGGGGAUGGAAGUGACGAGAUUAAGAGAACUCAGGAGGAGAGGAAGAAGAUGGAGAAGGAACUUGCGGCACUUAACUCGGUCGUUUUUGACACGGACUUGUACAGUGCUAAUCGUUUCGAUGGUUAUGAGAUGUCGAUUGAGGUUAAUGAGGAUGUAGAUGCAGCUGCAGAUAAUGAGAUAGCUAGGAAAAUGCCGUCCUACACUGCUCCUAAAGAGUAUCUUAAUGAUAUUCCCAGGGCUGGCAAGGAUGAUGAUUUGGGGUUUAAUAAGCCUAGUAAGAUCAUUGACAGGGAAGAUGAUUAUCGGAGGAGGAGGUUGAACCGUGUGAUUUCUCCUGAGAGGGUUGAUCCUUUUUUGGACAAGACUCCAGCUCCUGAUGUCAGGACUUAUGCUGAUGUCAUGAAAGAAGAGGCUUUGAAGAAACAGAAAGAGGAGCUUAUUAGAGAGAUACAAAAGCAGAAGAAAGAGGCAGAGGAAGGUAAGGUAGCUGUGAAGGAGAAGGAGAAGGAGGCAGAGAAACCAAAGAAGAGGAAUAGGUGGGAUCAGUCACAAGAUGAAAGCUCAAAGAAAGCGAAGGGUGGGUCUGAUUGGGAUUUGCCUGACUCAACUCCUGGAAUUGGAAGGUGGGAUGCUACUCCAACUCCAGGAAGGUUUGGGGAUGCUACACCUUCUGUGAAGAAGAAUAGAUGGGAUGAGACUCCAACUCCUGGAAGAUCCACUGAUUCAGAUGCUACACCUGCUGCUGGUGGGGUUACGCCAGGUGCUACACCUGCUGGGAUGACUUGGGAUGCCACCCCUAAGCUACCUGGGAUGGCUACUCCUACACCUAAACGACAGAGGUCAAGGUGGGAUGAGACCCCGGCGUCGAUGGGCAGUGUUACUCCAAUGUCUAAUGCUACCCCUGCUGCAUAUACUCCUGGAGUGACUCCCGUUGGAGGAAUUGAGCUUGCUACACCAACUCCUAGUCAAAUUAUUCGUGGUGCCAUGACUCCUGAACAGUAUAAUAGCAUGAGGUGGGAAAGGGAAAUUGACGAGAGAAAUCGACCAUUGACUGAUGAAGAGCUGGAUGCCAUGUUUCCUCAGGAAGGCUAUAAGAUUUUGGAUCCGCCAUCCUCUUAUGUGCCGAUUAGAACUCCUGCCAGGAAGCUGGUCACUACCCCAACUCCAAUGGUGCAAGCAGGAUAUCUUAUACCUGAGGAAAAUAGAGGUCAGACAUUUGAUGUGCCGAAAGAGAUGCCUGGUGGCCUGCCUCUCAUGAAGCCUGAAGAUUACCAGUAUUUUGGUGUCUUAUUGCAGGAUAUUAAUGAGGAUGAGUUGUCUCCUGAAGAUCAGAAAGAGCGAAAGAUUAUGAAGCUUCUACUUAAAGUUAAGAAUGGAACACCACCUCAGAGGAAAACUGCUCUGCGUCAGUUGACUGAUAAGGCCAGAGAGUUUGGUGCCGGGCCACUGUUCAACCGCAUCCUUCCAUUGCUUAUGCAACCAACAUUGGAGGACCAAGAGAGGCAUUUACUGGUGAAGGUCAUUGACCGUGUGCUUUACAAGUUGGAUGAGCUCGUACGUCCAUUUGUGCACAAAAUUCUUGUGGUGAUUGAGCCUCUGCUGAUUGAUGAAGAUUACUAUGCUCGUGUAGAAGGACGAGAGAUCAUCUCCAAUCUCAGCAAGGCAGCUGGCUUGGCAACUAUGAUUGCUGCAAUGCGUCCUGAUAUUGAUAAUAUUGAUGAGUAUGUGCGGAAUACCACUGCAAGAGCAUUCAGUGUUGUUGCAUCUGCUCUUGGCAUUCCCGCUUUGUUGCCUUUCCUGAAAGCAGUGUGCCAGAGUAAGAAGUCUUGGCAGGCACGUCACACUGGUAUUAAAAUUGUACAGCAGAUUGCUAUUUUGAUAGGUUGUGCUGUUCUUCCACACUUGAAGUCUCUGGUAGAAAUCAUAGAGCAUGGGCUGAAUGAUGAGAACCAGAAAGUUAGGACCAUCACUGCUCUCUCGCUUGCUGCUCUUGCCGAGGCAGCUGCGCCGUAUGGUAUCGAAAGCUUUGAUUCAGUAUUGAAGCCUUUGUGGAAAGGUAUUAGAUCACAUCGUGGUAAGGUUUUGGCUGCCUUCUUGAAGGCUAUUGGUUUUAUCAUUCCCUUGAUGGAUGCAAUUUAUGCUAGUUAUUAUACCAAGGAAGUGAUGCAUGUUCUGAUUCGCGAGUUUCAGUCUCCUGAUGAAGAAAUGAAGAAAAUUGUUCUGAAAGUUGUGAAGCAGUGUGUAAGCACUGAAGGUGUGGAGCCAGAUUACAUACGGAAUGACAUACUUCCUGAAUUCUUUCGCAACUUCUGGGUCAGAAGAAUGGCUUUGGACCGUCGUAAUUAUAGGCAACUUGUUGAAACUACAGUUGAGAUCGCUAAUAAAGUUGGUGUGGCUGAUAUAGUGGGGAGGAUUGUUGAAGACCUUAAGGACGAAAGUGAGCCUUAUAGAAGGAUGGUGAUGGAGACGAUUGAGAAGGUUGUCGAAAAUCUGGGUGCAUCGGAUAUCGACGCUCGUCUAGAAGAGCUGCUAAUUGAUGGUAUUCUGUAUGCCUUCCAAGAGCAAACCAGUGAUGAUGCGAAUGUGAUGCUCAAUGGUUUUGGAGCUGUUGUUAAUGCUCUUGGACAGAGAGUGAAGCCUUAUCUUCCCCAGAUAUGUGGUACCAUCAAAUGGCGUUUAAAUAAUAAGAGUGCAAAGGUCAGGCAACAAGCGGCAGAUCUUAUAUCCAGGAUCGCUGUUGUGAUGAAGCAGUGUGGAGAAGAACAGCUCAUGGGCCAUCUUGGCGUUGUUUUGUAUGAGUAUUUGGGAGAAGAGUACCCAGAAGUUUUAGGUUCAAUAUUGGGUGCCCUUAAGGCAAUUGUUAAUGUUAUUGGUAUGACUAAGAUGACUCCUCCAAUUAAGGAUUUACUUCCUCGGUUGACUCCAAUUCUGAAAAAUCGUCACGAGAAAGUGCAGGAGAACUGCAUUGACCUCGUGGGACGAAUAGCCGAUCGAGGUGCUGAGUUUGUACCUGCAAGAGAAUGGAUGAGAAUUUGUUUUGAGCUUCUUGAAAUGCUCAAAGCCCACAAGAAAGGUAUCCGUCGUGCAACAGUGAAUACUUUCGGGUAUAUUGCAAAGGCGAUUGGUCCACAGGAUGUGCUCGCUACAUUGCUGAAUAAUCUCAAAGUUCAAGAGCGCCAGAACCGUGUCUGCACCACUGUGGCUAUUGCAAUUGUUGCAGAAACAUGUUCUCCAUUCACAGUUUUACCUGCCCUCAUGAAUGAAUACCGUGUCCCAGAACUUAAUGUUCAGAACGGUGUUUUGAAGUCGCUGUCAUUCCUUUUUGAGUACAUUGGUGAAAUGGGUAAGGACUAUAUUUAUGCAGUUACUCCAUUGCUAGAGGAUGCUCUCAUGGAUAGAGACUUGGUCCACCGUCAAACUGCUGCUUCAGCUGUAAAGCAUAUGGCCCUGGGGGUUGCUGGACUUGGUUGUGAGGAUGCAUUGAUUCAUCUAAUGAAUUAUGUGUGGCCCAACAUUUUUGAGACAUCCCCGCACGUCAUCAACGCUGUGAUGGAAGCCAUUGAAGGGAUGAGGGUUGCAUUAGGAGCAGCGGUUGUCCUUAACUACUGUCUCCAAGGGUUGUUUCAUCCUGCUAGGAAGGUGAGGGAAGUGUAUUGGAAGAUCUACAACUCAUUAUAUAUCGGCGCUCAGGAUGCCCUUGUGGCUUCUUAUCCCAUGCUGGGUGAUGAAGAGAAGAAUGUAUUCAGUCGGCCGGAGUUGUUGAUGUUCGUUUGAUUUAAGAUAUUCUUGAUCUUAGGAUGGUAGCAGAGAAUGGUAAUGCUGUGUAACCGCUAUGCUUAAUACUUUCUUCCUUUGUUUUGCUGUUUCGACUUAAAUAACAUCUUUUCUUAUGAUAAGCUUGUUUGAAAACGGGAGAUCGACUCUACUAGAAUACGAAGUCAGUGUGUUAUGUAAUCUGGCUUGGAACUUGAUCUAGACUGUAUCUGCCCGAAAUCGUUUUGAGUUGUUUGGGUCCAGCAUCGGAGCUGUUUAAUAUAAUGUGCUUUUAGUUUUAUUGAUCGUCUUUUUGCCUUAUUUUCUGUAAAGAUUCAAAGAGUAUUUUGAAAUAUUAACUGAAACAGCAAAAUAAGCUGAAAGAUGUUAGAAUUAGUGUUAAACGUUUGAAGUCUAAUGAGCAUCACUGUGUAUUCAAAUUGAAUCUGA